CUUUUCUUCGCAUUUCGCAGAAAGUGUUCGGCAAGCGAGUGAGUAGAACGUGCGUGAUAUAGCAGGAGCUGUCGGCUUGAGGUUUUUUUGGAAUUUGUGUGCAAUCAGUCACUGGAAUUGUUGUGGAAAAACGAGCAAAAACCAGAUUUAAAGCAGCAUAAUAGUGCGGGAUCGUGUUGAUAAAAUGGUGUGGGGCUUUGUGACGUGCGGUCCAAACGAGGCACUGGUGGUUUCAGGAUGUUGUCACAUGAAACCACUUCUAGUCCCCGGUGGGCGAGCGUUCGUGUGGCCUUCGAUCCAGCGGGUUCAACGCAUUUCCCUAAACACCAUGACACUGCAGGUGGAGAGCCCGACCGUGUACACCAGCCAGGGCGUUCCGAUUUCGGUGACUGGCAUCGCUCAGGUUAAAAUCCAGGGCCAAAAUGAGGAUAUGCUGCUGACGGCAUGCGAGCAGUUUCUAGGUAAAAGCGAAGCCGAGAUUCAACACAUUGCGCUAGUCACUCUGGAAGGGCAUCAGAGAGCCAUCAUGGGAUCGAUGACGGUUGAAGAAAUCUACAAGGAUCGUAAGAAGUUUUCCAAGCAGGUUUUCGAAGUCGCUUCAUCCGAUUUGGUCAACAUGGGUAUUACCGUGGUGUCGUACACACUUAAGGACAUCCGCGACGAAGAGGGUUACUUGAAAAGUCUCGGAAUGGCCCGUACAGCAGAAGUGAAACGAGAUGCUCGAAUCGGUGAAGCCGAGGCUCGCUGUGAUGCCACCAUCAAGGAAGCCAUUGCCGAGGAACAGCGAAUGGCUUCGCGCUUUUUGAAUGAUACCGAGAUCGCCAAAGCGCAGCGUGACUUCGAGCUUAAGAAGGCCGUCUAUGAUGUGGAAGUUCAGACGAAGAAAGCUGAAGCGGAGAUGGCCUACGAACUGCAGGCAGCUAAAACAAAACAGCGCAUCAAGGAGGAACAGAUGCAGAUCAAGGUCAUCGAACGUACUCAGGAAAUUGCUGUUCAGGAACAAGAAAUGGCCCGUCGUGAGCGCGAACUUGAAGCUACCAUUCGUCGACCUGCUGAGGCCGAAAAAUUCAAACUUGAGAAGCUGGCCGAAGCGAACCGUAACCGUGUCGUGUUGGAAGCAGAGGCUGAAGCUGAAUCGAUCAAAGUCCGUGGCGAAGCGGAAGCUUUUGCAAUAGCUGCCAAGUCCAAAGCAGAAGCCGAACAGAUGGCCAAAAAAGCAGAGGCAUGGCGUGAGUACCGUGAGGCUGCCAUGGUAGACAUGUUGCUGGAGACAUUGCCAAAGGUUGCAGCUGAAGUUGCAGCUCCACUAUCUCAGGCCAAGAAGAUUACGAUGGUUUCGAGUGGAACUGGCGAAGUGGGCGCGGCAAAGCUAACUGGGGAAGUGCUUCAAAUCGUCAACAAGAUACCGGACCUGGUCAAAUCGAUUACUGGCGUGGACAUUUCGCGGUCGGUACACGCUGGUUAGAGCCCCAAACAGGCUGGGGAUCGACUGCUGCCAGUCUACUACUUUUGCGCCAUAAUAACGAUUACGAAUCAACAACCGUAAAUACCAAAGAUCGUUCUACUGGCAGACGCAGUAAGUUGCACACAGAACGGACGCGUGCCCUACUAUACCAGCAUACAUCAUAGACCUCCCCCCAGUUAUGCCAGUGGACGACGAGAAAGAAUGAACGGUUGGUUUCGGUACCUCUAUUGAUUUGUUUUUAUAACUUAUAUUGGUAAGUUUGUUGCUUUAUUUUGCUUAUUUUCUAUUUCAAAAUCAUUAUGUUUUGUAUAUAUUGUUUGAGCAGUAAGAUUCAUUCAUGUAUUAACAUUACGUUUUAAGCUUGAUGGAGACAUUAUUAGUGUUUUAUAGUUCGUUUCCAAUGUUAAAAUUUACUUUUAAAUAUUCUUUUCUUUUUAAAUGCUCUGCAAUCAAUUCGCAGACGUUUUCUUGUUUUUAUGCCAUUGUUUUUAUUGAGUGAGCGUCCGAUCGUACGUUUCGAUGCGCAAAAAAUCGCGUUUUCUCUCACUAUCUUGUACCUUCAUAAGCGACUACUAGUCUAUAGUCUUCUGUUCAUGUGACACUGCCACUGCGUAAAAUAUUUCGUGUUUCGAACGAAAUCAAUCACGUCUCUGGAGCAAAAGCGACCAUAAAAGCUACUCUUCGUUAACAAAAUUAUUGCACAACAACCACCACUCUUGGCACUGGCUUGAUAUUUUUUAUGCCCUCCGGAAUGUCGUAAAAGGACCUCUACCCUCGAAAGUAUGAAUAGAGAAAGAACUAAUAACCACUCAUGUACAAGGCUCGAAAGUGUAUACUCUCGGUAGCGUAUUUUUGAACUCGUAAACUCCAUCCAAAAGUUCAACCUUAACCUUUUAACGAAUGAUUUCUGUCACACCUUAGAAUAGUCUAUAUUAUACUAAGAGAUGAUAUAUUGGAAAAGGUGUUCUACUGGGUUUUUUGGGAAAGUAGUGUAAUUGAAUGUGCGAUUGCAGAUAGUUUUAAUUGAGGACGACUUUUCUCGAAAGUUCAUCUUACUAGUGCAUUUAACCGAUAUUUUCAACCCUAGAAUUAUUAUGAUCAUUCUCGUACUAGAAACUGCUUAAAAGCAACCGAACGAAUCUAGACGCGCUAUAGUCAUUAGAGCAAAUCCGGCGCAAACAUUAAAUUCAAUUCGAUUCGGCAUUGAUAUUCUUACACCUGAUUAAAAUUUGAAAAAAAUUCAGAUGCACUCAUAUAAAAAGAAUUAAAAUAAAUACAAUAUUUAUCGAAACGUAAAACGAAAGAUUGUAACUAUAUUUUGUACGAAAAUUCUCGAUUUAUGGAUUUAAAAAAAAAUACAAAACACAAACAGACCCAAAUAACAUUUAACAAUUCAGCUAUUUCACCGUCAAAUGAUAGGAUGUCAUUAGGCUAUAGCACAUAGGCACCAGUUAAGGAAUCGUAUAUAUCUUUGUGUUUGUUUCACACAUACCACCACGAAAACCAAAGGCGUGCAAAUAAAACCAAACUAAUGUAACUCUCGAUUUCCAA